CCUCUUCAGAACAAGAGGGCUACAUUUCCCAGGGGGCGGCGGGGCUGCCGGCGGCGUGGGGGCGGUGCCUCACGUCUGGUACAGUCAUCCCAAGCCUCUUCGGCGGGACUGUGAUGGCCGGAGAGAUGACGAUCUUAGGAUCAGCUGUUUUGACUCUCCUGUUGGCUGGCUAUUUGGCACAACAGUAUUUACCAUUGCCUACUCCUAAAGUGAUAGGCAUUGACCUGGGCACCACCUACUGUUCUGUUGGGGUGUUUUUUCCUGGCACAGGAAAAGUAAAGGUCAUUCCAGAUGAAAAUGGGCAUAUCAGCAUACCCAGCAUGGUGUCCUUUACUGACAAUGACGUAUUUGUGGGGUAUGAAAGCUUAGAGCUGGCAGAUUCAAAUCCUCAGAACACAAUAUAUGAUGCCAAAAGAUUCAUAGGCAAGAUUUUUACCCCAGAAGAGCUGGAGGCUGAAAUUGGCAGAUACCCAUUUAAGGUUUUAAACAAAAAUGGGAUGGUUGAGUUUUCUGUGACAAGUAAUGAGACCAUCACCAUUUCCCCAGAAUAUGUUGGCUCUAGACUGUUGUUGAAGUUAAAGGAAAUGGCAGAGGAAUAUCUUGGAAUGCCAGUUGCCAAUGCUGUUAUUUCUGUACCAGCAGAAUUUGACCUAAAACAGAGAAAUUCAACAAUUGAAGCUGCUAACCUUGCAGGACUGAAGAUCUUGAGGGUAAUAAAUGAACCCACAGCCGCAGCCAUGGCCUAUGGCCUCCACAAGGCUGAUGUCUUUCAUGUUUUGGUGAUAGAUUUGGGUGGAGGAACUCUAGAUGUGUCAUUGCUGAAUAAACAAGGAGGAAUGUUUCUAACCCGAGCAAUGUCUGGAAAUAAUAAACUUGGAGGACAGGACUUCAAUCAGAGAUUGCUUCAGUAUUUAUAUAAACAGAUCAAUCAGACGUAUGGCUUCCUACCCUCCAGGAAAGAGGAAAUUCACAGAUUAAGACAAGCUGUGGAAAUGGUCAAAUUAAAUCUCACUCUUCAUCAGUCUGCUCAGAUGUCAGUAUUAUUAACGUUGGACAAAAAGGACAGGAAGGCACCUGAGAGUAAUGACACUGAACUGCCAAAUGACAGACUUUCCCCAGUGGAUGGCCACCAUGUGAACAGUGUGUUUGGAGCUGGCCUUUCUGAAAAGAAAAGUGGAGAAAGUCAGGUUUUAUUUGAAGCAGAAAUAUCACGGGAGCUCUUUGAUACCCUUAAUGAAGAUCUCUUCCAGAAAAUACUCAUACCCAUUCAGCAAGUGUUAAAAGAAGGCCACCUGGAGAAGACUGAGAUUGAUGAGGUGGUUUUGGUUGGGGGUUCUACUCGGAUUCCUCGAAUCCGCCAAGUCAUUCAAGAAUUCUUUGGAAAGGAUCCCAACAUAUCUGUAGACCCUGACCUGGCAGUGGUGACAGGAGUUGCUAUCCAAGCAGGGAUUGAUGGAGGCUCUUGGCCUCUCCAAGUCAGUGCUUUAGAAAUUCCCAAUAAGCAUUUGCAAAAGACCAACUUCAGCUGAAUGACGGAGGAAUGAUUAUUUGUGAUUGUCUGAUAGUCUCUUUAUCAGACCACCUCCUCCAAUAAAGUCUCUCAAAUGUCUCACAGAUUUACCAAGAAGGCAACAUUUAGAUACAUAAAAAUUUUAUAUAACAUUUUGUUUUAGGAUUAAAUGUGACCAGAUUGAUCCUGUCUGAUUUUGGAGAGAUGCUAUUCCAAUUAAUACUUAUAAAGGAAUUGAGGUAAAAUUCUCUUAUAGGAGCAUGGGUAGCUGUGGAUUCUGGAAGUAGGUAACCAUGUGUACUUAAAAUGAUAUUCUAUAAACAUUGCCUAGUACCAAUUACAAGAUUCCCAGUUCUUUCUAAAUUGUAUUAGCCGGAGCUGGUAACUUAUUUCUUUGGUUUUUACAUGUAACUAUUAAUUGAACUAUACUUGAAGGACAGUGUUGAUGUCAGGUACUUACAUUGGCUGGGAGAUAGCAGUAUUAUUAAUACAAGCUGCAUAUAUAACAUUUGGUAACUGCCAUGUUAUAACAAAUUUACUUUCAUAAACUUACUAUCCCAUUAUGUGUCCUAGUCAUAUAAUAUUCAUUCUCCAGGUUUUUAAAAAUAUGUUUUUUGGAUCAAAUAGCUACAGAUUUAUUCAAAUGUUUCAGUACCAGACUGUAGAAAUCACCAGUUUGUAAUCAUUUAUAUUCUAACUCCUUCAUUUGCUAUGUAUCAUUCUCUGCUUAGACUUACAUGAUUGUACCUGGUUAGAAAAUAAUAGAGAAUUAUUAGUUGCACUUUAAAAAAGUGUUUAUGUCACAGUAAAGCAAUCAUUACUGUCACUUCUUUGUUAUUCAAGACCUUUGCAGACCUAAACAGCAGUAAAUAGUUAGCUACAGUACUUAUGUUUUUGUUUCUUUAUUUUCAGUAAUCUCUGGAGAAUGUAGCUUACGUUUGAACCGUCAAAUGGUAUUUGAUUCAGUUUAUCUGUAUUAGUUUUAAAUGAGGAAAAUUUGCUCAAUUCUAAAAACCUUGCUAUUUUCUACUAUCAUUUUAAGAUAGUCACACUUGGCCUAUUUUCAGCCUUAAGGUUAGUGUGUGGUGAGAGAAGAAAAUUAGUUAAUACUGAAAGUAAUAUGGAAUUCUAAUGUGGAAGGCAAUGUGGAAAACUUUCCACAAACUGGCAAUUGUAGCACUUUUGUUUUGUGUCCUUUUAGAAAAGCUAUAGGAACCAAGAAAAAAAAACAUAGCAGUUCUUUCUGUAAUGCCCAUAUUAUUUGGAGAUAUAUAUAUAUAUAUAUAUAUAUAUAUAUAUUUUUUUUUUUUUUUUUUUCCUUAAUGGAGGCAUGUAACAUAUCAAUAUUCAAAAAUUAUACUCUGGUCAACAUUUUUGUUAAUAUAAGGUAUAUUUGCUUUAUUCAUUGUGGAAUUUGAAACAAUGUUGAAUAUCCAAUCAUUGAAUAAGAGAACUAAGCAAACAUGUCAGUGACAUCAAAACAUUCACCUCAUAAUAAAAGGCUGAAUGUUAAUAUUUUUUGCAGACCUUUUCUUAGCAAUGGAAUUGAUAUUAAAACACAAUUUGAAUCAAAUACCUUUGUGAACAGAAUAUUUGUAGUAGGUAGAUAGAGAAAUAUAAAAUGUUUGUUGACAUUUUUUAUUUUAGAACUAACAGAGAAAUGCCAAAGAUGAAUCCUCCACUGCAUUACGAAAAUAAAGCUCUUGGACUUUAUAUAAAUCCUUAAUAGGUUUCAGAAUUGAGAAGUCUUUUUCAGAAGGUCUUUAAAAAGUGUUCAGUUAAUCAAAAUCUCCUCAUAUAGUAUUAACUUUAACUAAAGCAUUUUAAGAUUUUUUUUUUUAGUUUGAAUUCCUCAAAUACAUGAGAAAGUUCAGGACAUUCUGUUGACCACUUUUUAAGAGGAAACAAUGUGCAAAACAGGGCAGUAAUCUCAUACACUAAAACGAAUUUAAAUAAUUUGAUGGUGUCUGAAAAAUAGAAUGGCAGUGUUGGAAUUUGGGGGCAAUAGUUCAGCAUACUCUCUAGUAUAGUUACACCUUUAAAAGAUAAUCUAAGGUCAGUCUUCAAUCAUUUUAGGGGGCUAUAUAUAGUCUUGAAAUCAAUGUAGUUUAUUUAUUUAAAAGAAAUGCAUCCUGAAAGGAAUUAUUUAUGCUUAGUAAUCUGAAGGCAUUUUUCAUAAACUUAAUACAUUCUGGUUGUACAUCUAGCUAGAGUUUUUGAAGUACAGAACUUUUAAAAUAUUAACUGUUGUAUUAUUAGUAUAUGUGAAUGAGUAAUUUAUUUUGUAUCAGGAAUGUUUUGGUACUGUGUUUUCACUUAAACCACUGACUUAUCAGCAGAUACUACUGUGUAUAACAUGUACUAAAGAUUGUAGUCAUUGUGUAUAACAGAUUGUGCCUCUUAAAUUUUUGUGUACACAUGUUGUUCACAUUUUAAUGUAAAUAAAUACCAGUUUGCAGUU